AUGGCCGACGCUAAAAAAAGAGCCGCCGCCGCCGAAUUGGCUGCAAAGAAUCUCCUUCAACUUCAAAAGAUCGACAUCGCCGCUAGCAAGAUUCUAGAUAAGAUCCCGUUCGUUGCGAUUUAUCGCAUAGAUCCUGUGAAAAAAGAGUGGAUGAAUUCGAAUUGCGAAGGAACUUUGUUUGUGUACCAGCGAGCCGAUCGGCCAUACUUCAGCUUCCUCAUCGCCAAUCGCAACGAUCCAGACGAUUUCAUCGAGCCACUCACCCUGAACCACAUCCUUCGCCAUGAUGGAAACUUUAUCUACUUCCACAAAGACACCAAUUCGAUUCAAGCUCUCUGGUUCGCUCAAGUCGAAGAUGCUCAACGAAUUGCCGCUCUAUUACAAAAAUUGGUGGAUAAACUGAAAGGAAGCACCACAGAACAGGCGAAAGCGGCUGCUGCCUCAUCGAAUAAGGCUUCACCCGCUCCUCAACUAUCGACUCCAGUGCCAACUAGUGCCCCGGCCCCCGCUCCAACAUCCAAGACUAUCGAUCUUCUCCAAUUGAUAAAAUCCGCUCAGAACUCAUCCAAACCCACGAUUGCCGUCAAAGACUCGCCACCAGCUAUCUCUACCCCGGCGCCAGAACAAAUGCCAGCUCUUCUUCAAAAGCUCAUGCUAAAAGAGCCAGGACUCGCUAUGUCUGCUGAUGAGCUGGAAAGGGAUCUUCUGAAGACUGCGAAACCGCACCGGAAUCACUUGCUUCAGGAUUUUGCCAACUCUCCGUCGGCGAUCUCGCUGGCUGCAAUUUCCACGAAGUCUGUGCACGGAUCCGAGGGAGAUCAGGAUGUAGACGUUGCGGAGGGAGAGGUUCUGGAGCCCUUUGACGCAUCCUUCGUUGUGGGCUCUGGCAUCGAAACACCAGUGUUGAAUAAGGAACAGUUCCUCUCUGCCAUCGUCCAUCUGAUGCAGACCGACGACGAAUUCGUCUCCCAAAUCCAUCAGGCUUACGUCAGCGCCCUCAACCGUCGUCUCAACAUUGACUAG